UUUGGUGAUCGUUUUUAAGGGUUUUAAGUUCUGCCGGCCCCGCUGUGUUGACCGUUCACGCCGUUGUGGAGGCCGGAUGGGCCCAGAUUGUGGUAGCGGGGGGAUGUCGGUUUUUUGGUUCGGUCAAAAGUGUUUUUUGUUAGCUGAGCAAAUAUUGGUUAUAUUCUUCUUUGUACGUAUUGAUCAAUUACCAAAAGCGAAAUUCCUCGACAGACGUUGGCAAUGGGUGAAUGGUCAUAGUAGCUUGCCCAACUGUUUGUAAAAAGAAAGCGAAGAGAAGUUCUGUGCUUAUUCUAUGCACAUUCUGUGGUGGAAUCUUGUUUACGUUUUGAAUUUUCCGGUGUUGGACUUGAUUUCUGCCUAUUUACCACAAUAUCAAUAAUUUAUAAUAGCGUUAUGACCAAUCUACAAAAUGGCAGUAACCCAGGCCGCCCAAGUGAAGACGAUCCUGAUCCUAGGGAUCUUAUAAAAAGCAGGGAGUUUAUGUACCGACUUAUCAUAAGCCAGUUAUUUUACGAUGGACAUCAGGCUCUGGGACAAACACUGGCACAAGCUGUUCAAGCUGAACCAGCAUGUGCACCCAGUGACAGACUGUUCCGCAUUACUUUGGUAGGUCUUGAACAUGAGCCUGAUCGAAAGGAACGUCCUCCGAGUAUCGGCAUUGGCAACAAUACAGUUGGACCGGGAUUGGAUUUGGAGUUUGAAACAGAUUCUACUUUACCCGCACCAGAACCAGCUUUGUAUGAAACAGCUUAUGUUACAUCCCACAAAGGGAAUUGUAGAGCAGGUUGCUUUUCAGCAGAUGGCCAGCUCAUUGCUACUGGUAGUGUUGAUGCCAGUAUAAAAAUUCUGGAUGUAGACAGAAUGCUGGCUAAGUCUGCUCCAGAUGAAUUAGAUCCAUCUAGGGGUGAACAGCAAGGACAUCCUGUUAUUAGAACAUUGUAUGAUCAUAUGGAGGAAGUGACUUGUCUAGAGUUUCAUCCGAAAGAGCCGAUUUUGUGCUCAGGGUCGAAGGAUCAUAGUAUAAAGCUUUUUGAUAUUUCUAAAGCUAGCGUUAAAAAGGCAUUUAAAACAAUUUCCGAGGCUGAGCCAGUCAAAUAUUUUUCAUUUCAUCCUACUGGUGAUCAUUUGAUAGUUGCCACAAGUCAUCCCGUAAUCCGCAUGUAUGACGUCAAUACCCUGCAAUGCAAUGUGUGCCCUUUUCCCAAUCAGCAGCAUUCGCAAACGGUAACAUGUUUGAAGUGGUCCUUGGAUGCAAAACUCUUUGCCAGCUGUAGCAAAGAUGGUUCAAUUAAAUUGUGGGAUGGAGUAUCGAAUAGGUGUAUAAAUACCUUCACAAAGGCUCACGACGGAUUUGAAGUAUGCUCUGUUAUGUUCUCGAGGAACGGAAAGUAUAUUUUAUCAGCCGGCAAGAAUUCUAUAUGCAAACUAUGGGAACUGACUGCUAGCAGAUGCCUUAUUGCCUACACAGGUGCCGGCACCACCGGCAAACAGGAAUAUGAGGCUCAGGCGGUAUUUAAUCAUACGGAGGACUACGUGUUGUUCCCAGAUGAGGCUACCACAUCUUUGUGCGCAUGGAACUCCAGAAAUGCGUCCCGAAAACAGUUGAUGUCAUUAGGCCACAAUGGGGCGGUACGUUUGAUUGCCCAUAGUCCCACGCAAGCAGCUUUUUUGACAUGUUCCGACGAUUUCCGGGCGAGGUUUUGGUAUAGGCGAACUCCAACUUUGUAAUUUUAGUUUUGAAUAUGUUUAAUUAAGAGGUUUGUAAGUUUCCGAUUAAAGUUGU